GCGGCACCUGUUUCACACUCUGGAGGCAGCCCUGUUCCAAAUCGAAUGCAAUCAUUUUCAGCCGGCGCAAACAUGUCUACACGGGCGUCUGGGCGAGAUUAACCGAGUCCCCUCAUUGCUACCACUGUGCGUUUAACAGUUGUGAUCAAAACAUAAGCGAGUGCUGGUGGGUGCUGAGACUACGUUGUCCCAAACCGAGAGGAAAACGGAGUUGUUUGUGCAAACACGAAGUCCUACCAGUGAAAUUAUACCAUUGACAGAUUUGGGAUACCUUGAUUCAAGUACUGCAACUCUUUUUCCUUGCCAGUGAACUCUGGACAGAUCAACACAGCUGUAGGCUACUUGCGCAUAUCAGCUGUGCUGAUUUACCUGUAUCUCUGCCACGUGGGACAGAAGGGCUAGCUGAUGAGUCAGAGGUGACUGCAUGAGGAGGCGGUAUUAGGGGACCCUGGUCUGAACUUAGACCAAACCCAGUCACACUCCUAGACCAGAGAGGUCUGUUGACCUUGCCUCUCCUCUAGAGAUGAGGUCCAUCCGAUCGUUCGCCAACGACGACUGCCACGUCAUGGCCAAGCAUGUCGACAUCUACCCUUCGCCAGAGGAGCUGGAGGCUGUCCAGAAGCUGGUGUCCACUGUGGAAUGUGCCCUCAAACAGGUGUCGGACUGGAUGGACAACCUCAACGCCUCCCUAAGCAAGGCCCCAACCAUCACCACCACCGUCGACAUCAAGGCUGCUGGAGACUCUACAGGCACCCACGGCAGCACAAAGACCCAGAGUGUGUCGAUCCUGUGUGGGGUGAUGCGGGUGGGUCUUGUGGCUAAGGGCCUCCUGGUUAAAGGAGACAUGGAUUUGGAGCUGGUCCUGAUGUGCAGAGACAAACCCACCAAAUUACUUCUGUACACUGUUAGUGCCAACCUGCCCUUGCAACUACAGACACUGACGGAGGACAAGUACGAGGUGCGGUCCAGCGUGUCGCAGUCCGCCAUCUGGGUGGUCAACAUCAACGACCCCAAAUUCUCCCUGAAGGUCACCCUGUCCUCACUGGCCAUGAGAGAUGAACACACUGCCAAAGACCAAGAGGAAGGCGUGGAGGUGGAGGGGCUUGAUGAGGUGCUGGACGGGCGGUGGUGCCAGGCUGCCCUGGCAACGCUCAGACACACCAAAUGGUUCCAGGCCAGAGUGACCGAUCUGAAGUCGUGUGUCAUCGUCAUGCGUAUUUUCAGAGACAUGUGCAACAGACUAACUGUGUGGGAGCCUCUCAAAGGAUGGCCCCUAGAGCUGAUCUGUGAGAAGGCCAUAGCAACCUGUAACCGACCUCUGGGGCCCGGAGAGGCCCUGCGCAGGGUCAUGGAGUGCAUCGCCUCAGGGAUCCUCCUCCCAGAUGGGCCGGGAGUUCACGACCCCUGUGAGAAGGAGCCAACAGACACCUUGUCAGUGAUCACAGGCCAACAAGCUCAGGCUAUCACUCACAAUGCACAGCAUGCGCUACGCCUCCUAGCCUUUGGACAGCUUUAUAAGGUCCUGAAUAUGAAUCCUCUCACUCCAACCAAACCGUCACACAGACUCUCGGGGUUGGACAAAGGAACCUGUCGUAAAAGGCAGCAUGAAGACAGACGCACUUACGACAGACAGCUCUUCAAGAGGAUGAAACACAACCUGAUGAGAGUUCUGGACAGUAACGGGAUGGACCCCAACCACUCCAUGAACGCCGUGAUAAGACUGAACCAGUUCCACCCGGGGCUGCAGUACAAGCUAUUGUCCCACUCCGGCCCAGUCCACGCUCCAGUCUUCACCAUGUCUGUGGACAUCCACGGCACUGUCUACGAGGCUUCCGGCGCCUCCAAGAAGACGGCCAAACUACAAGUAGCACUUAAGGUCCUACAGGCACUAGGUUACCCAGCUGACUUCGAUGUGGACCUGGACUCCCUGAGUGCUGACGAGAGGUCUGACGGCGAGGGACGCAACCAUAUAAGUGAUAGAAAUGACAGGAUGUCCACCAGCUCCAGCAGAAACUCUGUCACCUCCUCCACAGACGCACACGAGUCCCACACCCCAGGCCCUCUCCUUACGGCAGGGGGCAAGAACCCAGUGAUGGAGCUGAAUGAGAAACGCAGAGGCCUGAAGUACGAACUCCUAUCAGAGACCGGCGGCAGCUGCGACAAACGCUUCAUCAUGGAGGUGGAGGUUGAUAAACAGAAGUUCCGAGGCUCGGGGCCCAAUAAGAAAGCGGCGAAGGCUUGCGCUGCCCUGGCUGCUCUGAAGAGACUAUUCUCUGACUCCAAAGACCCCCGCAACAAGAAGAGGAGACCAACCACACUGGUGAAGAGAACUGUGUCAUCAACUGUGACUAUCCCAGCCCAUGCCCAUUCCAGGCCUAGAACAAGGCCAGUGAUGCAUAGAGCACCCUACAUCAGCGCUCCCCCCACCCAUGGCUACCUCCCAAUAGGCUAUGGAGCUCCAUAUGGUUAUGGUACUGCAGCUUCCCUCCCUGCCUAUGGCGGCCUGUACAUUGACAGUGCCUUUUACCAGCCACGGCCUAUUGCCACUCCUAUUAUAAUUCACCUGGGUCCUCAGGAUCUCUUCUGAUCUCAACAGCCAGCAUGGGAUCUCAUUUGACCUCUGCUCUCUAGAGCCAUCAGGGGACGACUAAGUUUUGACUUAGCUUCCAGUUUCCUGUCUGACCAGGCUCUCAUUACCUUAUUAAAGGGAAAAUCGGGACCCAUCUCUGAGCAGACAUCAAUCCAAGAAGAAGCAAUACAUCAUCAGAGUUGGAAUUAUUUCCCAAUAUAUUGCAAUACUUGACUUUAGCUUCAAAUCUACUUGGAAAUAGUGGAAAUGGAUUGGCACAACACUGCAAUAUUCAUGUGAUAUACACUGAGUAUACCAAACAUUAAGAACACCUUCCUAAUAUUGAGUUGCACCCUCCCCUUUUGCCUUCAGAACAGCCUCAGUUCGUCAGGGCAUGGACUCUACAAGUUGUAUAAAGCAUUCCACAUGGAUGCUGGCCCAUAUUGACUCCAAUGCUUCCCACUGUUGUCAAAUUAGCUGGAUGUUCUUUGGGUGGUGGACUAAUCUUGAUACACACGAGAAACUGUUUAGCGUGAAAACCUCAGCAGGUUUGCAGUUCUUGACACAAACCAGUGUGCCUGGCACCUACUACCAUACCCUGUUCAAAGGCACUUAAAUCUUUUGUCUUGCCCAAUUAACCUCUGAAUGGCACUUACUUAUAAUUAUUAUUACUAUUAUUAUUAUUACUUAAAAAUCAUACAAUGUGAUUUUCUGAUUUUCUCUCACAGUUAAAGUGUACCUAUGAUCAAAUUUAAAAAGCCUCUACAUGCUUUGUAAGUAGGAAAACCUGCAAAAUUGGCAGUGUAUCAAAUACUUGUUCUCCCCACUGUAUAUACAAUAUUUGUGUAAUUAUGGGUGUGUGUGUUUGAGUAUGUUUAACCCAAUAAGGAUACUAUUUGUAUUUAUUUAUAAUACUUGUCAAUUAAUGCGUAUUUUACCACAAUGUAAAUGCAUUUAUAUCAAGCACCUUUGUAUACAAUAUACACAACAGUGUAUAUAUAGAAGUUAAUUUGCAUGUAUCAUUUGUACGUACUGUACAGUAGAAACAAGUCUUUUUGUAUUUAAUUCCAAAUUUAACGGUGUAAACAGAGAGUCGACUCAUCCUAGUCCAAUGUAAUGUUUUCAAAAUCUAUUAGCAGCAGUUAAUAGCAGUACUCCAUUCAGGGCAGCACAUUGACAUUAUGUCUACAACUCAGAAAUUAAUAGCGCUCUCAAUUUCUCUCUGUUUCCAACACACACACACACAUAAUCUUGUAACAGUGUGCAAGACAUGAAUGUAACUUUCAACUUUUCUCAUAUCCAAAUCAAAGUUUAUUGGUCGCGUACACAUAUUUGCAGAUGUUAUUGCAGGUGCAGCGAAAUGCUUGUGUUUCUUGCUCAAACAGUGCGGUAAUGCCUAGCAAUAAUAUUAAUACACACAUAAGAAAUGUCAGAAACCGGAAUCUAAAUAUGUACGUACAGUGCAUUUGUGAAAGUAUUCAGACCCCUUUACUUUUUCCACAUUUUGUUACGUUACAGCCUUAAUCAAAAAUGUAUUAAAUCAUUUUCCCCCUCAUCAAUCUACACACAAUACCCCAUAAUGACGAAGCAAAAACAGUUUUUUAAAACAGAUACCUUAUUUACGUAAGUAUUCAGACCCUUUGCUAUGAGACUCGAAAUUGAGCUCAGGUGCAUAUGUUUUCCAUUUAUCUUCCUUGAUGUUUAUACAACUUCAUUGGAGUCCACCUGUGGUAAAUUCAAUUGAUUGGACAUGAUUUGGAAAGGCACACACCUGUCUAUAUAAAGUCCCACAGUUGACAGUGCAUUUCAGAGCAAAAACCAAGCCAUGAGAUUGAAGGAAUUGUCUGUAGAGCUCCUAGACAGGAUAGGGUCGAGGCACAGAUCUGGAGAAGGAUACCAAAAAAUGUCUGCAGCAUUGAAGGUCCCCAAGAAAACAGUGGCCUCCAUCAUUCUUAAAUGGAAGAAGUUUUGAAACACUGAGACUUCCUAGAGCUGGCCGCCCGGCCAAACUGAGCACUUGGGGAGAAGGGCCUUGGUCAGGGAGGUGACCAACAAUCCAAUGGUCACCCUUUCAAAGUUCCUCUGUGGAGAUGGGAGAAGCUUCCAGAAGGCCAACCAUCUCUGCAGCCCUCUACCAAUCAGGCCUUUAUGGUAGAGUGGCCAGACGGAGGCCACUCCUCAGUUAAAGGCAUAUGACAGCCAGCUUGGAGUUUGCCAAAAGGCACCUUAAGGACUCUCAGACCAUGAGAAACAAGAAUCUCUGCUCUGAUGAAACCAAGAUGGAACUUUUUGGCCCGUAUGCUAAGUGUCACGCUUGGAGGAACCCAGGCACCAUCCCUACGAACAAGUCCUUGAGUGGCCCAGCCAGAGCCCGGCUUGAACCCUAUCGAACAUCUCUGGAAAGAGCUGAAAAUAGCUGUGCCGCAACGCUCCCCAUCCAACCUGACAGAGCUUGAGAGGUUCUGCAGAGAAGAAUGGGAGAAACUCUCCAAACACAGAUGUGUCAAGCUUGUAACAUCAUACCCAGGAAGACUUGCUGUAAUCGCUGCCAAACGUGCUUCAACUGAGUAAAUGAGUAAAUGGUCUGAAUACUUACGUAAAAGUGUUAUUUCCUUGUUUAGAAACUUUAGCAAAUGUCUUUAAACAAAUAUUUUUUGCUUUGUUAUUAUGGGAUAUUGUGUGUAGAUUGAUAAUAAAACAUUUAAUCAAUUUUAGGAUAAGGAUGUAACGUAACAAUGUUUAACAAAUCAAGGGGUCUGAAUACUUUCCGAAUGCACUAUAUUUAAAGUGUAUAUCAGUGGAGGCUGCUGAGGGGAGGACAGCUCAUGAGAAUGGCUGGAA